AAGGGUUUGGGCCGACCCAACAAUAAGAAGAAGAAAAGCACAAUGAACCGAAGAAGGUCAGAACUGAGAAACGCAAUGAGUUCGUCGAACCUCAGAGAUCUUCAACGCGAAUUGGAGAACAAAGCCAAUGAUCUCAGCAAGCUUCAAAAGGAAAUUGCGAAGAAUCACCAAAUGAGAAAGAAAUACACGGUCCAGCUUGGCGAGAACGAGCUCGUCCUUAAGGAACUGGAUUUAUUGAAAGACGACGCAAAUGUUUAUAAGUUGAUUGGGCCAGUACUUGUUAAGCAAGAUUUGGCCGAGGCCAAUGCAAAUGUCCGCAAGAGAAUCGAAUACAUCUCAGCUGAAUUGAAGCGUCUGGAUGCCACUGUUCAAGAUUUGGAAGAGAAGCAAAAUAGCAAGAAAGAUACGAUACUAAAAUUGCAACAAAGGAUUCAAUCAUUUCAGGCUGGGAAAGGCAAGGCGUAGUUUUCCCUCACAUAUUGUUCCAGGCAUUGUGAUUUAACCGUGCUACUGCUAAGGUUGGAUGUGGAUUUGUAUUUUGUGCCUCUUUGUUUUGGACUGAAGUUGACUCUUAGGAAUCUGUUACGGGAAACAGCUUGGAAAUUAGACUGAUAUUAAUAUAUUCCCUCCGUCCCUGCCUAUUUAUAAGACAUGUUUUUUGUUUACCUUAUUAUAAGAUUUUUUUAAUC